AUGAGUAUAUCCUAUUCAGAAAAUCUUUCUGACUAUCCUCAUAAAGGCAAAGUUGGUAUGCCUGAAUUAUGUGAAACAGAAGAAGAUCUCGAAAAAAAAGUUGCUUUGAUGGAGCAAAUGAUUCGAAGUAGUCUUUAUACCGUUGCUAUAACAGGUGCUGGUGUUUCAACAGCGGCUGGCAUCCCUGAUUUUAGAGGACCGAAAGGCGUAUGGACAUUAGAAAAGAAAGGCUUGAAACCGACAUGUGAGACUACAUUUGACACGGCAACGCCAACAUUUACUCAUAAUGCUCUGUGUACACUUGAACGUUGCGGAUAUCUCCAUUUCUUAAUUUCACAAAAUAUCGAUGGUUUACAUCAUCGUUCAGGAUUUCCUUUGGAGAAACUGGCCGAAUUACACGGAAAUGUAUAUUGUGAAGAAUGUGAAUUGUGUCAUAGUCGGAUUGUUCACGAGCAGAGUAUCGAUAGUUAUUGUUUAAAACGUACUGGAAAUGUAUGCAAUACGACGAAAUCUAAUGGAAAACUACUUAAAUGUCGUGGAAAACUCCGUGAUACUAUUUUAGAUUGGGAAGAUCCGCUGCCUGAACAUGCAUUAAAAAUGUCCGAAGCAAAUUGCUCAAAAGCAAAUUUAUGUUUAUGUUUGGGUACAUCAUUACAAAUUCGUCCUUGUCGAGAUUUACCUAAACGUACAAAAAAAAAUAAUGGAAAAUUAAUUAUUAUUAAUUUACAAAAAACAUCGCUCGAUUCAAUAGCUGAUUUAGUUAUUCAUGAACGUGUCGAUCAUGUUAUGAAAUUAUUAAUGAAUAGAUUCAAUUUAGAUAAUAAUGAUGGUAAUGUAAUAUCAACUUUGACAAUGAAUCCCGUGGCUAAUAUAUUCGAUUCAUCUCUGUACAAUCAUGUGAAAAGAAUUGUUUUAUUAUCUGGUAAACGAAAAUCUGGUAAAGAUUAUAUUGGUGAAAAGUUAUAUGAAAAACUUAAUGAUGAACAACAGUGUACAUUAUUACAUUUAAGUGAACCAUUAAAAAUUCAAUAUGCAAAUGAACAUCAGUUAAAUGGUCAAAAUAUGAUGGAUUCAUCCGCUUAUAAAGAAACAUAUCGAAAAGAUAUGAUUAGAUGGGGUGAAACUAAACGUUUACAAUGUCCUUCAAUAUUUUGUGAAUUAGCUAUCAAACAAAAACAUUUAAUUUGUUUAACAAGUCAACAUUGGAUUGUCUGUGAUAUUCGACGUUAUACAGAUAUUGAAUUUUUCAAAAAAUAUUUUCAUGAUAAACUAUUAUUAAUAAGAAUACAAUCAUCAAUAGAAUCAAGAGAAAAACGUGGAUUUAUAUUUAGUCAAGAUAUUGACGAUAGUGAAUCGGAAUGUCAGUUAGAUUCAAAUGUUGAAUGGAAUUUUGUUUUUAUCAAUAAUGAAAAUGAUAUAGAUAAUUUUCAUAGUCAAAUAAAUAAAUUAAUUGCGUUAAUCAGAGAAUGA